UCCAAGCAAUUAGGCUGUUUUAGUCUUCUACUGAGCUGUUUCUUGAAAAUUUUCGGCUCUGAGAAGGAAUGGUAUUUAACUAUUCAUGAAAGUUAUGUGGGUGUGCAGGUGAGAAAAAAUAUCAGGGAAAAUCUAGUUAGUAUGUAGAUUUGAGGGAGUAUCUGACCAUCUGCAUUAAUUCUGAAUGUUUUUUAAGACGCCUAAAAUCUGCCUUUCUUUCUCCAUAAAGUUGAUCAUGCUACAAGUAUUGCUCUGAGGCUCUGAGGCCAAUAGAAUUCCACGGUUUGAGAUGGCAAGAACAAGAAGUUGCAGGGUAGCUCUUAACAGUGUCAAUAUAAGCAAAAAUCACUACACUGAUAUUGUACCAUGUAAUGAAGAUGUUCAAGUUGUUAUCCGUUGACGACAACGAUGGCAGAUCUCACGAGCCCACAUGGCAGCUUCUCAUGAAAAUCAGAGGGUUGCAAGGAAUCCCUACAGCACCCAUUUCUAGUGAGUGUCCGCCGGUGGGAAUGGAAAGGCACCCUCUAGCCUUGCAUGGCACAUUUGCAUGGGAAGGGCUCGAACACAAGCCUGGUGCCCAUCCACCAUUGUUAAAGGAAGCACCGAUAGCUCUAUCCAGUGGUUGGGGAUGGACCUGAUAUUGUGAAACUGCUAAAGACGUAUUUCUUUUAUUAUUAUUGGGGUUUUCUUUGUUUUUCCCCCUUUUUUUUUUUUUUUGUUGAUCUAGUAUUUACAAUUAAUAAGACCCUUAUGGGUUCUGAAAAUCUAUGAAGAAAAAGACUUAAUAAGUGAAAAAUGUAUUA